AUGACGCCGGACGAAAGAAGACCGCUGCUCAACACCGCCAACACACCAGACUACUCCUCAAGUCCCAAGUCACAUGAGCCCCCCGAUGUCAACAAGCUAUCCUACAACAAAGUGGGCUUGAGUGUCAACAGGUUCUGGCUUCUGUUUCCUGAAUGCAUUCGACGGGACCGUUGUUGCGACGCUUCUCGGUCCGAUCUCGUCUUCUUUCAACGCUACGAACAUGGCCUCGUGGCUCGGUACUUCUUAGUAAGUGGAUCUCAGUCAGACGUAGUCGCUGAUAUCAUAGCAUGCUCCACUGGCAACCUUCUCUGUGCUGUUGCGCCAUCUAUGGAAUUCCUUAUCGCUGCAAGAGCCUUAGCAGGCAUGGGAGGAGGCGGUCUAAGUACAAUCGGAAGUACGAUCAUGAGUGAUAUUGUACCAAUUACACAUCGAGGUAUCUACCAAGGUUUCGGAAAUUUGGCAUUUGGAGGUGGGAUGGGCUUGGGAGCGCCGUUAGGUGGUAUCAUCAAUGACUACCUGCACUGGCGUUGGGCUUUUGGCAUUCAGCUGUUCCGACGAAUAGACUUCUUGGGAUGUUUCCUGCUCGCUGGAUGGGUCGGGGCAGCACUCAUCGCUGUCUCUCUCAAGACCAAUUCUACCCUAUUAGAUGCCUAUGCCUGGUCAGACCCUCUCAUUCUAGCUCUCUUUGGCGCCAGCGCAGUUCUGUUCGCUCUGUUCUUGCUGGUCGAGCUCAAGUGGGCUUCGGAACCUGUCAUGCCAUUCGAACUGCUUAAUAGGAGGACCGCGGUCAGCGUUGCCAUCAACAACUUUUCCAUCUCCAUGGCGCAAUUCGCUCUGGUGAGUAAAAGAUCUUCCGAACCUCGCUGA